CCACAAUUGUGAAAAGACGAAUUAGGGUUUUCGGUUCCUUCUACAGCCCGCGCUUGUUAUAGGCUGUGUCUCUGGUUGUUCUUGCGCUUGCUCGACAUUCUACACAGAAAUGGAAGCAACUUCUACUUCUCCUUUCAAGAUAAUCUUGGGAUCAUCUUCGGUUGCGCGGAGGAAAAUAUUAGCUGAGAUGGGAUAUGAAUUUGAAAUCAUUACUGCAGAUAUUGACGAAAAAUGUAUACGGAAGGAAAAGCCAGAAGAGUUGGUAAUGGCUCUUGCUGAGGCUAAGGCUGAUGCCAUCAUAGCUAAGCUACAGGCUGAAAAUAUUCUAGAGAAGGAUGCUGAACUGACUAUUUUGAUUGCAGCUGACACAGCUGAAGCCAUCUUGCAAAAGCCCCCAGCACAUGACUAUGUUAAGGAAGAUGAGCCAGUAUUAUUAAUUACUUGUGAUCAAGUGGUGGUUUAUGAAGGUGCAGUCAGGGAAAAGCCAUCCAGUGAGGAAGAAGCACGGCAUUUUAUGAAAGGUUAUUCUGGUGGGCAUGCUGCAACUGUGAGUUCUGUUCUUGUUACAAAUCUUAAAACUGGAUUCAGAAAAGUAGAAUGUGACAGAGUGGAGAUCUAUUUCCAUGAAAUACCAGAUGAAGUCAUUGAAAAGCUGAUCGAAGAGGGACUUGUGCUCAGAGUUGCUGGGGGCCUUAUAAUAGAGCAUCCUUUAAUAUUGCCUUGCGUUAAAGAAGUGGUAGGGACAACUGAUAGCGUGAUGGGACUUCCCAAAGCUCUCACUGAAAAACUUGUGAAAGAGGCUCUCUAGCCACUUCAGCUGUUUUCUUAUCCAUUCUUUUUGGUAUUAAUCCCACAGGCAUCCUUGCUUUCCUUCACUGUUAUUGCUCCACUCAACAUUGCUUUGAACUUGAUAAAUCAAUCAUUUGUCAUCACCCCCAUCAAAUUAUCAACUAUGCACUAAUUUUAGUUAAUCAAAAUGUGGAGUUACUGACAUGUUGAGCAGUAAUCAUAAAGCUAUUUUCCCAA